AUGGCCAGAGGAUCACGCAGCUCAGCACAAACGCAACGCCGCCCAACAGACUUGACCAGCAUCAUUUCUGUGGCAGAACGCAAUGAUUUGGUUGCUCUGGCCUCCGAAAUAUCGGAAAAGAUGCUCAAGGAUAUCACAGAUGUCUUCGACUCUCCAUCACUUCCGCUGCAGGAGCUUACAAAUGUCGACGAUCACUUCCACUGCAUGUCACUUGCUCUUCAUAACCAUCGCCGACGCCAACAGCAAGAUUACAACAAAUCAAAGCAAUCUAUAGAGAAAGGCUGGCAACCACGGCAUCAGAAUUAUUCAUGCGAUGCCGUCAAUGUGGUUAAGGCUCAGUCAGCAACACCGCAGCUAGCAGAGUUACAGAAGGAAGCUGUUACCUUUUUUCGAAAAUGGCAAACAUCAACACUGCAGAAAAUUCGAGACAUUACAGUAUCACCACCUUCGGUCAAUCUUGCGUCAGCCUCAGAGGGUCAGCGUGGGCGGCCUUCAAGAGGCAGUCUUCGUGGACGAGGCGGCCGGGGAGGAGUUCAGGGCCCGCCUGCUCCUCGAACAGUUGAUCAAGAAACACUGUCGCUUGCGACUGGUCCUCUUCGCAUUCCCAGCCCUCCAGUAGAUUCAACUUUGGCGCGGCACUAUCCACCGACAGCCAAUCCUCUUUGGACAACGUCCCUGCAGAAGAGAAAACUCUAUCAUCAUAUUGUACUCCUAAGUUUGAUAUCCUCUAACGAAUACUCUGCAAAUGCCCACAUCUUCAUAUCGAACCUGGCAUCAUCACUCAACCUGCCAUCUGAGCUUUGUCGAAUUGAUGAGGUCCGACUUGCUCGUGGCCUCGCACAGACGGCGAUGGAUGUCGCACCUGAAGUGGCGGCUGUUCAAAAAGAAGAAAAUAAGAACAAUAAGAGAUGGAAGUUCAGCCUUGGUGUCGCUUCAAACUCUGUUCCGCGAUUAGCUUCGACACUGACAGCGGUGGGAGUUGGAACCUUACAGGGAGGAUAUGGUUUGCCAGCGACGGCUGCUGCUGGGCUGCUAGGAAGCAUGUCUGACAAUGGUUUAGCUAUCGGGGCUCUCUUUGGGUUUAAUCCAAGCAAGCCUCUGGAUAAAACUAUUGAAGGCUUUGGCCGGGAAGUUCAAGAUUUUGCCCUCAACAUCCGCACACCACUAGGGACGGCCGAGUAUACUGAUUCACGCCAGGUCCCAGCUAACCAGCGGCGCUUGCGUCUUAUUAUUGCUAUCAGUGGCUUUCUCUUAGAAGAGGAUGAUGUGGACACACCGUGGAUGAACUUUGACGACAACAUUGAGCUAUACACGGUGAGAUGGGAAGUUGCUGCCCUGCAAAGUCUAGGAUCAUCACUGGCAACUGUUAUCAAAAGUAGAGCUUGGAAGGUAGCAAAAGAGGCUAUUGCAGCAGAGACUGUAUUCAAUAGUCUAAUCCAUUCCCGCUGGCCAGUUGGGCUCCUCAAGAUUAGCAAGAUUGUCGACAAUCCUUGGAGCGUCGGUAUGGUGCGAGCAGAGAAGGCAGGCUCUGUGCUUGCUGAUGCUAUUAUACGGCACAAAGUUCAAGGGGAUCGACCAGUUUCUCUCAUUGGAUACAGCCUAGCAGCACGGGCGAUUUAUGCGUGCCUCAUGAUCUUGGCGGAACGCCGGCAGUUUGGCGCCAUUGACUCGGUUGUGCUAAUGGGCACACCGGCACCGUCUGAGAGUAAGGUCUGGCUGACGCUUAAAAGUGUUGUCGCUGGCCGACUCGUCAACGUUUACUCUGAACAGGAUUAUAUUCUGGGGUUUUUGUACCGAACAUCAAAUAUUCACUAUGGUGUUGCUGGUCUUCAAGAUGUCCAAGGCGCCAACGGUGUUGAAAACUACCGGGUCCCGAGACUUGAUCAUGGCCAUUUAAGUUACUUGCGCAUGGCCCCCAAGAUUCUUCGGGAUUUGAAUUGGGACGACUUGAAGCCGCCAGUGACACGACGAGGCAGAUAA